AUGGCCGACCCAUUUGCCCCGCGCUCCAUGAAGCGCAAGAACGUCAAAGGUCUUGCCUUGGCUCCUGCCGCUCCCAAGCCCCCGCCGACUGCCGAGACCUUUUAUAAGGAUAAAGACGACGACAACAAUGCCCAGCUAGAGAUUGGCAUCGAGUUCAACCUGGAUCUCAGGCCCGACGAUCUGGAGCUCAUCAAAGAGUUGGGAGCUGGAAACGGAGGCACAGUCAGCAAAGUCAGGCAUAUCCCGACAAAUACAGUUAUGGCUCGCAAGGUUAUCCAUGUUGAGGCCAAGAAGGAGAUGCGCAAGCGUAUCGUCCGCGAGCUUCAGAUCAUGCACGGCUGCCAUUCCGAGUACAUUGUCACCUUCUAUGGCGCCUUCCUUAACGAGCAUAACGAUGUAAUUAUGUGCAUGGAGUACAUGGAUGUUGGCUCGCUCGACCGUAUCUCCCGUGUGUUCGGUCCAGUUCGCGUUGAUGUCCUCGGAAAGAUUGCCGAAGCUACACUCGGCGGCCUCACGUACCUCUACUCCAAGCACCACAUCAUGCACAGAGACAUCAAGCCCUCCAACAUCCUCGUCAACUCCAAGGGCCACAUCAAGCUUUGCGAUUUUGGUGUUUCCGGAGAGCUGGUUAACUCUGUCGCCGACACCUUUGUGGGUACAUCCACCUACAUGGCUCCCGAAAGAAUUCAGGGCGACAAGUACACAGUCAAGUCUGAUGUGUGGAGUUUCGGCUUGACUGUCAUGGAAUUGGCGAUUGGCAAGUUCCCGUUCGCCAGUGAUCAGCUUGGGGAUGAUGCUGAAAAUGCCCCCGCCGGUAUUCUCGACCUUCUCCAACAAAUUGUUCACGAGCCAGCACCCAAGCUACCCAAGAGCGACGCUUUCCCACAAAUUCUUGAGGACAUGAUCCAGAAGUGUCUUUACAAGGAACCUGAGAGGCGACCGACGCCUCAAGAGCUCUUUGACCGCGAUCCCUUUGUACAAGCGGCGAAGAGAACUCCAGUCGACCUGAGAGAGUGGGCUUGCAGCUUGAUGGACCGGGACAACCGCAAGUCUCAUCUCCAACCCCAACUCUCUCCGUCGACGCAAGAACAUCUAAGGUCCAGCGAUGAACCUACACCCACUUCAGGUGAGAUUCCCAUUCUGGGGACCAUGGUGUCGCCUCGUGACCAACAUAGCAGCGUACCAACCCGACCCCCGCCAUGCAGCCGAACAGACAGCGCUGGCCGCACAGGUGGACCGUCUGUACAUCCGGGACUAGGAGCGCGAGUAGCUACGACUGGCUCUCAGCCCAGGUACCCGCAGCAGGCUCCUCCUCCGCCUCCGUCCGAAAAGCGGCCAUCCAUGUCGACCAGCCAUUCGUAUACUAGUUCCUCGUCCUCAAGCCGAUCGGGCUUCGCCCUACCCAUCCGACCGGGGCCUCCGGGCCAGCCGAUGCCGCCGCCGCUCCCGCGAAGACAGUUGACGGCGGAGGAAUUGCAGAGGGAAAGUCGCCGGCAAGCCGCAAUGCAGCCUCCAACCGGCCGAUUUUGAGAUGAGCGUUGCCUGUGGUGGAUCAGUUGUCGUACUCGUAUGAGAGGGUGUUUCUUUGCAUACAUAAUACUCAAAUCCCCUUUUCUUUUGCAGCUGUGCUUUGCCCCUUUACCGUCCUUUGUUUUGCCCAUACGUUGACCAUCCCAGAAUGAGUUUGAUGUCUUUGAUACACGCGCCUCAAGACCACCGAUCUGGUGGAGAUAAUCAUUCAAAAAAUCAGCGGGUCUACCUUGACUGUGCUGGCUCACCUCAAUGGUACGACAAUGGCAUAUUGUUGAGCAGAACGUGGGUCUUGGCCAAAUGGGCAGCUAUGGUUAUGGCCAUGAGUGGGAAUUGGGUUGACUGAGUACAAGGAAAGGGGGAGAUGGUGUAUUGAUGGUCCUUGAUCUGAAGGG